UAGAGGAAGGACAGGCUGCUCUGAGCGGCGGAGGAAGGAACGGGAAAACAUACAAUGCGUUAGCCACGGGCAAUGGCUCGCCCCCAAAUCUCCUUCUAAUUCACUAUCCGAGCCGUUCCGAGACAAAUAUGGCGUGAGAGAAACCGUGGAAAAUAAGUGCGAAACUGUCGGGAGUUACUCGUAGCGGCGGACCCUGCUGCAGCUGACUGGAAGUUUUUUUUUUUUUUUUUUUUUUUUUUUCAGUCGUGGGGCCCCGACGGUGGCGGCGGCUCUCUCCCCGGAGCGGUGUCCCGGUCUGCCCAGCCCCAUGCAAAACCUAACGGCCCCUGGCGGCCCCGGCAACUCCAAUGUCACCUGCUCCUGCAACUGCUCUGCUUCCCAGCCACAGGGAAUGGAGAUAUCUGAACUGGAGUUUGUUCAGAUUGUCAUCAUCAUUGUGGUGAUGACAGUGAUGGUGGUGGUGAUCAUCUGCUUGCUCAACCACUACAAGCUCUCCACCUGGUCCUUCAUAACAAGGCAGAGCCAGGCCCGCAGGCACAACCAUGCCCUGCAGCAGGAUGGGUGUCUGUGGCCUUCAGACAGCAGCUCUCGACAAGGUGCCUCAGAGGUAUUAUAUGCUCCCCAGGCCAGGGAUCGCUUCACUGCUCCCUCCUUCAUGCAGCGUGACCGCUUCAGUCGCUUCCAGCCCACCUACCCCUACCUGCAGCACCAGAUCGACCUGCCACCCACUAUCUCGCUGUCGGAUGGCGAGGAGCCCCCGCCUUACCAGGGGCCUUGUACCCUGCAGCUCCGCGACCCUGAGCAGCAGAUGGAGCUCAAUCGCGAGUCGGUGAGGGCACCGCCUAACCGGACCAUCUACGACAGUGACUUGAUCGACAUGGGAGGAGGCGGAAGCCUGGGAGGGGUGGGAGGAAUAGGAGGAGGCGGUCCGAGGCCGCCAAGCAGUAACUCGGGUAUCAGUGCGGUCAACUCCAGCAGCCACGAGCGCAUGGAGGGCCCCCCGCCAGCGUACAGCGAGGUGAUGGGCCACUACCCUGGCUCAGCGUUUUUUCUACACCAGCACAGCAAUAACCAGAGGGUUGGGGGCCCGGGGGACAGGAGCCAAUCAGAAAGCACAAUAGUACCGGCCAAGGCCAAGGAUGGCCAACCGAAGGACCUGGUGUGAAGAAAAGGGUAGGGGGGCAGGUGGGGCCACCCACCCAAGACUAUAAACUGUCUCUUAACUUCACUCCUGAUCACCUGUAAGCUGUGGUCUCUCUAUCCUGCGCACUCUCUGUUUAUCUCAUGUCCUCUCUCCACACUCCCAUGCACAAAUAAAAAUCAAUCUUAGCUACAACUAAACAAGGAAAGAGAGGAACCAAGAGUUGAUUUUAUUUCCUUUCUUUCCAACGUUCAAGAUAAAAACAUACUGCUAGCACAGAUUGAAACAAUUUUCUUGUUUUUGUCCUCUGGGGUGAAGGCUCUGUCCCAGGGAACUGAGGAUGAUGUUUUUAUUUUUUGUUCCUUUUUCGGACCGGGAUCUGUGCACAAAGCGAGAACUGAGAAUCAAGGACUUAAAGAGAACACAACAAAACAAGAGACUCACAAACCCAAAUCUUAGUGCCAAGGUUUAUGAGGAAGCAAAACAAAGAGGUAAAAAUGACUCGUUCUAACAUUCAAAACACAAAAAAGAAAAGUUAUCUAAAAGUUGCACUAUAUUUUUGUUGUAAAAGAGAAGAGGGAAAUUAUGCUAUUUGAUGAUAAUGAUGUUUGUUUUUCUCUUUUUUGUUUCGUCCUUUUCAUGAAUGGACCGACUGACUGAACUUUGCCUCCAAAGCUGUUUAAACAGUUGGGAGCAAAAAAAACAAUUAUUAUAAGCUUAUGUCCUUCCUUCUUUGAAAACAAUAUCGUACCCAGCCUACAACAUCUCUGUCUGCUUACACCACAGGACAGAGAGACUUAGUAAGAGAAUAACAUUGUACUGCUCAUGUCUGUGAGAAAGAAAUCUGCCUCGUGCCAGCUGCUGCGUGGACGGAACAUUUCUUACUUUCUCUGGUAGUUUGUUAAAAGAUUUGUAGAUGGGUUUCCCAAACCCAAGAAGUUCCUAACCUCUUAGAAAGUUGAGAGCUGGUGGCAAGAUUCAACAUGCUCCAUACUAACAAAUCUGACCAGAUGGUUGGAUAUCAAGUUAACUAAGAAUAAUAUAACUCUAUAACAAAAAAACAUAUCUAUCCACUUUUUAACUCUGUCCCAAAAUCUGAGCACCUAACACUAACAUCUCUUUUCUGUUUCCUGCGUCAAUACCCCUCAUCCCCACCUUCUUCUCUCACCGCUCAUCUCUACAUGCACAGUUCAUUCUGCCAACAGCCACACUGAACACAAACCCCGCCAACAACGAAAACACAAAACAAAAAAAGAAGCUCUCCUUCACGUUUCUAAAGCCACAAAAAAAAACAGGACAACAAACAAAGUGAAGAUUCCUGUCUGCAUCUGCCAGCACAGUGAUCAAGUUUUAAAUGAAAACUGUCUGUGGUCAAAGUUAAAGGGCUAUGGGAGAGUCCUUUUUAUAAAAGAAAGCCUUUUUAAAAAUUUAGCCUUUUUCUCUGCUCAUCGUUGCCUUCUACCCUGCUCUUGUGCUUUCUCUGUCUCUUAAUUAUGUUAGCAUUCAACAUCAGUUCUCCACCUCAGCUUGUUAACAGUGUCUCUGGUAAACACUCUUUAUCAUCCCUCUCUCAUCCGUGUGCAGAAAAAGCCCUUUAAAGUGGACACUGGACUGGAGCCAUUAUUUUGUGUGUUUGUGUGUGUGUGUGUGUACGUGUACGUGUACGUGUACGGGUACGUACGUAUGGGUGUGUGUGUGAGACCAUUUAACAACAGCACUUAAUGUUCCUAAUCGACUGCUUUGUCUGAGAGAUUCAAGGAUAUGUAACUUAUUUGGCACUGUCCAUAUUAACACAUCAUUAACUAAGCUUUCAUUAAACCUCAGUUUAAAAGAAAGUGUGUCACAGUCCACUCCACAGCUUCUGUUAAAGCAACACAAGGAAAACUCAGUAGUUACUACAGUAGAUUCACACACCGAGUAUGUACACUAAAAAUGCUUGUUGUCAAUGCAGUGCACAAAGGAAACACAGAAGGAUGGUGGUAAGACAACUCAAGAUGAACUCAACUAAAAAAAUGUUUUAAGUACAAAGUCUUUGGAAAACAAUUUGCUAUCUCUUUGAUGAGGUAAGAAGAUACGCUUGGUGUUAUUUCAUGUUUCUUAUUGUUAAGAAAUCCCACAAAAAGACUAAUACCUAGUGUGUUACUUUCUCUCAAAAUGACAAAGAAUUCUUGACUAAUUGUCCACUUGCCUGUGUUUUCUGAAGUCUUUGGCAUUGGACAUGAAUCUCCUUAGCCCAACACCAAAGGCUAUCUUUGAACAGAGAAAGUGCAUUUGGAUCUCUCCCCCACAUAUAUACUGCCACUUGUUAUGACGUGACCAAAGUUCCCUACUUGGGUCACAUUGUAACAACUAAGCUAAAUUGCUGGACAACUGAAAAACUUCAUCUGUUGAGGAAGUGGUGGAAAGAUUUGUCAAACUAUUUUUUUCAAUGUCAAGAACAAAACAGGAGGCAAUGGUUCAUUUGUUGGGGACUAUUUUCAACCGUGGAAUAAUACACAUUUGGUGCUCUAGUGAGUUUAUGGAGCAGCAGGGCGCUGUAUGUGUAUUGAGUUAAAAUAAAAUUCCUGUUGGUAGGUGUUGGCAAUUAAGGAAAAUUGUGUGCCUCAUUGAUAUGUUUUGAAUAGCAUGCGGACAACAAUGGAGCUCUAUGACACAGAUGAAUAAGAUUUAUCAGGCUUUGAUGCACACACAAUACUUGUUAGUAGGAUACAUUCAUUGUUGGUUUGGGUCUUUUUGUGGGAUUUAAUGUUAAUAACAAAAUAUAGAAGUUGCUUUGAGUAGUAUUAAGUUGCCUAAUGCACCUGGAAAUGUUCCUGUAGAUCAGUAAGAACUAAGUGAAAAGGUCCUUGUGCACACAAUUCAGAUGUCCUGCUGCUGGAGAAAAAAAAGUUUUUGGUCAGUUACAACAAAAGCCCUCUGCCUCCUUUAGCAUCAGUAGUGUGUUUAUGGUCAGUGUCCAUCUGGCUCGUGUGUGUGUGUGUUUGUGUGUGUGUGUGUCUACAUUGCUGCUGCUAUUGCUGUUGCUGCUAAUAUUUUUGCUACUGCUGCUUCUCAUGCCAACCCCCCCUUUCCUACUGUCCAUCCUGUCCCCUCAACUCGUCCAAAAUCUAGAAGAGAAAUCUGACCAUCUGCAGUCAAAAGCAGUAUUGAGACAAAACAUGGUCUUGUUACCUGUAAGACCCAACCUGGGCACCUCAGUUGUGAAGAGAGAUUGUCCCAACACUUUAGCCUUUGACUCUACAGACUUGCUUCAAACCCUUAAUUUCUUCCUUCUUUUUGUUGUUUUCUCGGAUUGUUCUGUCCGCACAGUCAUAGCUUGUAAAUUGAGGAUAUAAAGAUGAAUUAUAUGUUUUCUACAAGGUUUGCAUGUUACUAUUAUGCGAGUAAAUAAGGUGCCUAAUGUUCAUGUUUGAGCAGACCACACCUCAGUCAAACUGCUGCUUGGAAUCCUUGCAGGUGCUUUUUCUCAGGCUGAUCGCCUGUCUGGCAGAAUGGAAUGGAAAUAUGUGGGAAAAGGUUAGCUAGGUUUUUUAAUUCUUGUCUUUUUGUAAAGUCAUAGACAGAUGUUACAGUGGUGACUUUCUUUCAGGAGUCUGGUCUGGGUUUCUCAUUCAGCUCUUGAGCUCCUGUUUGAUCACAGACUGAAUCUGACCCUGCAGUGAAUUGGACAAAAAACCUAUUUAAUUCAAGCUUUACAUGAAGUUAUAAAUUUAGUGACCACAGGACCAGCAGUGUGCCGUUUUCAUGUCCGCAAAGCACCAGCUGCCUCUUUAAACUGCACUUCUACCUUGACUAUCUUUAGCAUACAAGUGCACCAGCGGUGUUCAUGGGCAGCCAGCCUGCUCGCUUCCAUUGCGCCAGCCAGGAGUGGUCACUCUUUGCGAAGCAACGGAGACCAUUUCAACCAGUAAUUUGACCAGCGUGUGGAGCAGACAUAGGAACUCACUUGCACUCAAAAAGCUCCCACCUUUGUUGUGCCUCACUUCCAACGGUGCUUUUUUCAGUAGUCUCUUUGUUUGUUUGUUUGUUUGUUUGUAAGGUGCUGUAUAUAACAUUGAAUAUAUUAUGCACAUAUCCUACCCAAUGGGUAGAAGCCACAAAAUAAUUUGUGAAUAAUGUAAUAUAAUGUACAGACAAUAUAAGAAUUUUAAGAAAGCAGUAUCAAAUUUGUAAAUGCCUACAGUUAAAGUGCUUUGUCUUUUUUUAUGAGAAACCAUGAUUUGCAAAUUAUGCUAAAAAUAUGGUUGCAACACAAAUACAAAUUACUACUUAUAAUAUUUUGCUAUAAAUAAUAGUCUGUUAUAUAAGAAUUAGAUAACCUAUGUGUUAAGGAAGUUGUUGAGAAAGGAUAUUAUUUACUUGUUUACUGGAUUCCUCAUCUAAGAAUAAGCUUUCACUGUUCUUGCAUCAUUUGGGUAUUGGCUGGUGGUUUUAUUUUCACCACAAUCGACAACAAAUGUAUAGUUCUAUCCCGAUCUUUUAGGAAAACAGAAAUCACACACAUCAGUUGCUGUUUAUGCCAUGACUUCAGCCCGGCUCCGGUUGUUGAACAAAAAGCCGAAGCGGUCUAGUUUGAAAGAAGCCUCACAUGCACAAGAGAGCCGUCAGCACUUCCAAAUAUGGACGAAUAUGUGUCCGUACUCAUAGAUCUCAACAACAUUUUAGUUAAUUUCAGCUGAACCUGUGUAUAUCGGCCAAAGUAUAAAUCUGUGGAGCACACUCAACACUGCAAAAUAUGUCUGGAUGUUGGGCUCUGGUUAAAGCGUUUCAGCUCCAUUACUGAAGGAUCACUGACUUAUGAUUGCAUUUAAGUAACAGGAAGAGUGUAAAACAUUUAAGGAAAAGCGGUCAAUCCCUUUUUGGUCAAGAUUGGAAACGUGCCCUAGUGUAAAAUGAGUGAAAAACUGUCAUUUGACAUGUUUUUAAUUUUCUACAUUACAAUGUUAGAUGUGACACCGUAUAUUGAAACAAAAGUCAUGUUUAAUCUGCAGUCAUUUAUUUACUUAAAAGAUCUCCACUGUACAAUAACCGCAGAGCAUGUUCAUUCUUAUCUAUAGACAGUGUACAUAGCAAUGCCACAUUUUCUCUUCAAAUCACCAAAUAAGUGGCAGUUAUAUAGUUUCAAUUUGGAAAAGUCUCUAUUGUAACUUUGGCUGGAUCGCCAUUCCUUCUUCUUAAUAGACCUUUUUGUUCAUUUCCUGCACUAGCUUGAAGAAUUGACUGGGGCUCAGACAGAAUUUCAUUUGAUCCACCCACCCCCAUUCCCUUUUUCCACCGUUCUCGACUGCUAACAACAAGUAGCUAUUUUUAUCCUUCCAGAUUUUAAUAAUAAUAAUGAUGAUAAUAAUAACAAUAACGACACAGCAGUUUGGUAUUCUCUCGGUCUCGACAGUUACUAUAGAACUCCUUCCAUAAUGGGUAUUGUAACAUCAGUUUGCUUUAUUUACUAAAUGAAUCCUCGUUCCCCCUCUGUGCUGAAAGCUAUAUAUAUAU